AUGAAUGAGAUGGUAGAGAAAAAGACUAGGUGGUGGCAUGUUAGAGAUGGAAAAAGGAAAAGGACACCUAAGUCAUCCCCUGCGGUUGUUAUUCCUAAAGAAGGAGAAAAGGGGUCUUCUGGAGAGCCACAGCAGAAGUUAAUUGAUGAGACAGUUCUAGAGCCAUCUGUGGUGAUUGAACAAGGUGCUGAUUUAUUAAAGCAAUCUUUGGAAAGCUAUUUGAAAAAGAAUGAGGAGAUUGCAGCACAACAAGCUCAAGGAACAAGUGUUCACGCUGAAAAGGUUACAAGGGUUCAACCAGAAACAGAAGCUUUAAGGAGUUCAAGUGAUGGAGAUUCUAAAGCUACUCAAUCUGAAUCUGAAUUAAUUCCUGAAACUGUUGGUAAAGGAAAAGUUCAGUUGAAGAAAAGACCGUCAAAGAAACAAAAGGGUUCAGAUGAAGAAGAUUCUCCUUAUGAUCCUGAAAAGUCAAAGAAAAAGAGAAAGAAACAAAAGGCAGCUCCAGUUGGUAUAAUUCCCAGAAAUGUCAGAUCAAAGAAAUCAGGAGCUGAGACACAAAAAGAUAAAGAAGGGAAGGCAGCUCAACAUGUUCAGAAAGAAAAAUCACCAAGUGUUGAUGUUCCAAAAGAACCGGAGGUAAAAACAAAAGAAGUUCCAGUUGUUGUAACAGAAGAGAAAACAAAUGAUGAAGUAGAGAUCACUGGAUUCAGAGCUGCUAGUCCAAAACCUGUUCAACAAGAUAUUCCUCAGUCAUCACAUCAGAAAGUAGAAGAUUUUAAUUUUGACUUUGACAAUAUUGGUUCGGCGGUUAAAGAAUUGAUUAAGAAAGUUAAUGAACUGGAGAAAGAGAAAGCAAAAGCUGAGGAAGAACGUGAUAUGCUGAAAAGUCAAAUUAAUGAUUUGAUGGAAGCUCACAAUAAAGUAGUUGCAGCAUUGGUUGAAAAGGAGAAAAGAAUGAACCAAAUGAAGGAUGAUGUCGAGGGAAAUUCUAAAGUGUUUGAUUCGUUAACUCAAGAGAUAUCUUCCUUGAACGCCAAGAUAAAGGAUCUGGAGAAUGUAAAUCAAACAUUAAAUCAGCUUUUCAAUGAGAUGAGUGAAGCUUCGUCAAAUGAGAUGAAGGCUAUGAAAUUGGAGAUGGAAGCUAUGAAAGCUGACAAAGUAAUGAAAGAUCAACAACUUCAGAUGCUGGUUGCUGUAGUUGAAAGUCAUUUGAAGAUGAACAUUCAUGCUGCAUUUGAUGAAAUUGAUGUGAUAAGAGCUAACGAAAGGAGAUUGGAACGUGAACGUCAAAUAGCUGAAGAAGCCAACCUAAAGAACAAAGGAAUAGUUGAAGAGGUUGAGGUAGUUGAUGCAUCUUCGAGUCAACCAGAGGUUGGAGGUUCUUCUUCGCAACCUGAUGUUGAAAUGAUUGAAGUGGUUGAGGUUUAA